GCAGUUAGGGAGAAAAGGAGGGCUGAGCGAGAAAGAGAGAGAGCGAGAGAGUGAGCGUGCGAGAGAGAGGGAGGGGUUGACGAGUGCGCAAGAGCAAGUGAGCAAGAUCGGGAGGGGAAGGGGUGGGUUUAAAAUAUCCUCCACGAGGAAGCGGAAGAAAGCCAUAUUUGCUGGUGUGGAGCUGCACGCCACUCUUUGUGUGUGUGUGUAUGUGUGAGAGAGAGGGAGAGAGAGAAACGCUCUGCCUGGUUCUUACUGGGCCGUUCUCGCCUAUCUUCCCUCUUUCUGUCUCUCUCUACCCCCCACCCCCCUACCGUGUGUGUCUGUGUGUUUCUGUGGGAGCGAGCGAGCGGGGGGCCCGGGGAUGGGCGCACAAUGGGGCCGGCCUGUGGAGACGGGGCGGGCGACUCACUGAGGGGGGGAGGGGCGCAGCGGAGGCUGCUCCACACGGCCAGCGCAGCCUGCCUGCCGCGGCUCCCUCCCAGCCUCGGGGGCUCCACUCUGGGCUCUGGCCUCCAGAACUACCCCCUGGCCUGGACUGUGGAUUAAAGUACGCUUUGGCUCACCGGGGCCCGGGAACGGAGCUGUCUGGAAACUAGGCGAGUUGGACUGGAAGGGGACCAAACUUCUGUCGCCUGAUUCGUCGCUGCUGGUUCUGGUGGAUUUGUUUCCUUUUGAUAAACUCCUAAAUGGAUUACAGGAUGCACGCCAAGUCAAGCGACGUGCUGGAUUUCCAAACCCUGGAUGCCCUUUUGGAAAAAAUUGCUCGUUACUCGGUCCCAGUGAAAAGAGAGCCCGGUGAGGAGUGCAAUGGGAUCCACAGUGCUCUCCCAGUGGAGUCCGUGCCGGAGUCGAGACUGAACGAGUGGGGUCCCCCUGUCCCCGCACACGUUCCCCCGCCCCUCCCUGCUGGCAUGGGGGACGGCCUGGACGGUGCCCAGAUGUCCGGGGGCAGCAGCAGCCAUGGGCAGCCCUCGGCCCAGUCCUCUACCUUCAACCCCCCACCCCCCGAGACAACGAACUCCAACCGACCCAAGCGGCAGACCAACCAGCUUCAGUACCUGCUGAAGACGGUGCUGAAGUCGCUCUGGAAGCACCAGUUCUCCUGGCCCUUCCAGCAGCCUGUCGAUGCUGACAAGCUCAAUCUCCCGGACUAUUAUAAGAUCAUUAAAUGUCCUAUGGACAUGGGAACCAUUAAGAGACGGCUGGAGAACAGCUACUACUUGAACGCCCAAGAAUGUAUCCAAGACUUCAACACCAUGUUUACCAACUGCUACAUCUACAACAAGCCCGGAGACGACAUUGUCUUAAUGGCCGAGGCUUUGGAGAAGAUGUUCCUGCAGAAAAUCUCCGAGAUGCCCCAGGAUGAGAUGGAGAUCACAGUCAUGACGGGCAAAGGGCGUGGCCGGGGGCGCAGGGAUGGAGGCCUGAGCGUGAAGCCUGGCUCCGCCCUGGACUCGCCCUCCUCCACCCCCCACACACGCGCCCUGUCUGCCCCGACUGUAGCGCCACAGACGAGGGGACCGCCCGCCCCGCCCCCUCCCCCAGCUAUGCCCCGCGUCCCUCCCACCCUCAACACGCUCGCGCCUCCGCCAGGGCCACCCUACUCUCUGCCACCCCACUCUGAUUGCAUAAGCCAGGCUCCCAUCAUGACCUCGGUGCCCCCUCUGGCCCAGACCACCCUGCCCCUCAUGUCCCUCCCUCAGGCAGCAGCUCCGCCCCUUACGAAACAGAGGAAGAGCCAGAAGAGAAAAGCAGACACGACCACGCCCACGGCCAACGACCAGCUGAGCGAGUCCUCACCCGCCGCUUCUGAGCCCAAGUCCGGCAAGUCGCUGCCACGCCGCGAGAGCAGCCGGCCGGCCAAGCAGCCCAAGAAGGAGGCACCGGACUCCCAGCACCAUCUGGGCGUGGGCAUAGGUGCGGCCCUGGGUGCGGGUGGGGCCCCGGGCCCCAAGCAGCAGGAGCAGCUGCGGUACUGCGCCGGCAUCAUCAGAGACAUGCUGUCCAAGAAGCACGCAGCCUACGCCUGGCCCUUCUACAAGCCCGUGGAUGUGGAAUCGCUGGGGCUGCACGACUACUACGACAUCAUCAAGCACCCCAUGGACCUGGGCACCAUCAAGUCAAAGCUGGACAGCAGGCAGUACAGGGAUGCACAGGAGUUCGCAGCUGAUGUACGGCUGAUGUUCUCCAACUGCUACAAGUACAACCCGCCGGACCACGAGGUGGUGAGCAUGGCCCGCAAACUGCAGGACGUCUUCGAAAUGCGAUUCGCCAAAAUGCCGGAUGAACCCGAGGAGCCCUCAGCCACCACGCACUCGCACGGGCUUCUCUCCGCCCCCGUCAAGCAGCAGCCACCGCCGGCACCACCUUCCUCCUCCGACAGCUCCAGUGAUUCCUCCUCCGAGUCGGAAUCCUCCACAGACGACUCCGAGGAGGAGCGGGCCCAGAGGCUGGCUGAGCUCCAGGAGCAGGUGACGCAGAACAGGGAAGUGGGCCCCUGA